GAAAAGGCUUGAUUCAGAAUAUGUAAACAGAAGAUGCUGCUGACAUGACCACGUGUACCUGCUGCAGAGCUCCAACCGGCAGAGGUUAAUGUGUAAACUCAGGGCGAAGAUGUCCAAAGGAACAUUGUCCCCUGAUAAGCAGGCUGGACUGCUGAGUCACUGGACACACAAGUGGACACUCUCAGUGACCUGCAGAUCCCAGCCAUGUCUCUGGAAUAGUUCUGACAACGCAGAUCUUUGAGUUCUCUUGUGGAUUUUAUCACCAUCAUCAAGACAGAGAUUAAACCUUCAUUCAACAUUCCAGAGUUCUGACCCGUGUGGUCCAAGUGUGAAGGAUGUUUUAAUGUCUCUGGACAGAGAAGGACUGUUCUGACAAGUUCUGGACCUGAAACUUUGUGAAGGUGAAAUUUCUUAAGACUUUAAAUCAGCUGAGCUGAAAAUGGACAGCGUGUCAUCUGGUGACCAGCUUCUCCAUGUGAACCUCCUCAUUGAUGAGCAGAAACCUCGGAGAGGAAUCCUGGAGCUCCUCAGCCAACUCCGUCCUCACUGGAAGGCACAGGACAUUAAGAUGAAGACGUUCACAGAGGGCAUCACCAACCAGCUGAUCGGCUGCUACGUGGCGCCUCUGCAGGAGCCCGGCUGCGUUCUGGUGCGACUGUACGGCAGAAUGACGGAGCUCUACGUCAACAGGGACCGGGAGGUGGAGAUGUUCCAGGUCCUCCACGCCCACGGGUGUGGUCCCCAGAUCUACUGCAGCUUCCAGAACGGCAUCUGCUACGAGUUUGUGAGAGGGACGGUCCUGGACGAUGAUCUGCUGCGGCAGCCGUCCAUCUACAGAUUGAUCGCAGCAGAGAUGGGGAGAAUCCACUCCAUCCAGCCAAAGUGUGGUCGAACUGUUGAACCUUUUCUCUGGACCAAAAUGUCUCACUUUCUCACACUGGUGAAGAACAGCAGUGGCGGCGGUGGCGGCCUGGCUGAGCAGCACUGCACAAACAGUGACAGCGGUGGUUUCACCUCCUCCAGUCCACUUUUCAGUUUUGAGACUUUGUUGGCUGAGAUGGAGUCACUGAAGAGACACCUCUCACAGAUCGACUCACCGACCGUCCUCUGCCACAACGACCUCCUCACAAAGAACAUCAUCUACAACCACACAGAAGGAACGGUGAAAUUCAUUGACUACGAAUACGCCGAUUACAACUACCAGGCCUUCGAUAUUGGCAAUCACUUCAAUGAAUUUGCAGGUGUGAACGACGUGAACUACAGCCUGUACCCGAGCCGGGAGCUGCAGAGGGACUGGCUGACGGCCUAUCUGGAGAGUUACAAGCAGAGCUCAGGACAUGAGGUCACUGUGACAGAGGCAGAAGUUACGCAGCUCUACAUUCAAGUCUGCAAAUUCUCACUGGCCUCCAACUUCUUCUGGGGUCUUUGGGCCAUCCUGCAGUCACGCUUCUCCUCCAUCGACUUUGACUUCCAAAGAUCCUGAAGAGAUGAAAGCCCCGGCCUCCACAAAGGAAUCAGAAGUCAUUUCUUUUAUUUUCAGAUGGAUUAUGAUCCAUGCAGUUAUCUUUAAACAGGUCCAGGAGACAUUCCUCUCGACCAGCCAGCAGACAAUAAAGUUCAGGAGGGCCAAAUGUUUCCCUGCACCCCCACUCCCAGCGCCCCACACCCGCCACAGUUGUGAUCGUGAUCCUAAUCACUAUUGACAUACGGCACCCUCCCCUCUGUGUGGCUUUCUCUGCUCGCCUGCUAGAUCAGCGACAGGGCCCCCGCCUCAUUUCGAUCUGGACCUGGGAGGAAAUGUGAUCCAGAGGGGUGCCGAGGCACAGAGGCGCUAUUGUUCCCGGGCCGUCGGUCCUCCCUUACAUAUACGUCUCUCAUCCCGGGCCGGGCCACAUGCGCCUGCUAGACGUCUGCUCCCCUAAGCCGCCGCCGGAGGUUGUCCAUAAGUGCACGCUGAGGGUCGGGUUACCUUCCUUUAACUGAAAUGAGCUCAGAGCGCAACAGUAAUGAUGGAGAACCAGGUUUAAAACCUUCACCAUCCAGCCGACCUCCAAACACUCACACAAACCCAUAUAUGAUAAUUCCCUGAGCCAACGCUGCUCUGAGGAGUCUCCAUCAUUCAGCCUGCAGACAAAGAGACAAUAUGGACGUCUCGCUGUCAUAUGGAUCACUGUACAUUCAUUCUGUUGAUCUGUUCUACUGUCAGUGUGUCCGUCCUGAAGAGGGAUCCCUCCUCAGUGUCUCUUCUUGAGCUUUCAACCAUGUUUUUGGGGAGUUUUUCCUGGUGAGAGGGCCCUCUGAGCCGCACUGUGCUUUGUCAUAUGAGGCUGUUAAAAUAAAACUGAAAUGAAUUGAUAGUUUGUCCAGCCUUUCAUCUCGUGCUUUAAAUACAGCAACAAUGAGCACCACAGUCACAGCACAGCACCUCCUGAGGCUGUCCUUGUCAUUUGUUUAAAUAGCAUAAAGAAAGCUACAUUUACAUUGAAUAGAUGAGCAGUAAGUAAUGUUGCCGUGACUUUCUUAUUCUGUCUUGCAGAGGAGGUUUAAUUGGAUGCAUAAAGGCCAGGUCACAUCCGGAUUUACAAUAGCUAGCUGACAGUCAGUGAGCUGCUUCUUUUCUCAGAGCUUUUCAUUCGUCUGCAGAGUGAAGUGAUUGAAAUCCUGCACAUACUGAGAACAAAAUGCCGGGGGGGGGGGGGGGGUAAACUGCACAGCACAGAGGUGAUGGAAGGAGGAAGCUCUGGGAGCUAGUAGCGUUAGCAUAUCACAGCUGGUUGGUGUGCGUUCUGUGAGUAGUCACCUGUCUGCCGUGACCUGAAAGGUCCUGACACACCAAGCCAACAGUCAGCCUUUGGUCAGUGUUGGGCCGUCAGUGAGCCUCUGUCACCCUCAACAGUGUGGCAGCUUUUUGUUUUUGGCCGAUUCAGCACUAUGAAUCAGAGCCAAUCAGAGCCCACCGGAGCCAAUCAGAGCCUGUUGGUGAACAUUUGUCCUCAUCACAGUGGUGUGUCCAGCACUGUUGCCCCUCAUCGGCCCACAGUGGCUUCUUUUUGGCCGAUUCACGGUGUUGAAUCUGCAGCAAUGAUGGCAGAGCCUGUCGGUGAAUGACCUCCCUCUGACUGUGAGCUGAGCUCAGGUGAGUGGCAGAGAAGCGUCAGUGAGUGAAGGAGGAGCUAAAGUCCAGAGGGAGUGAUACCAAAACCAACUUGUUCCAUGAGGUCAGAUUAUUUUUCUCUUUAGCAGAAAUGUUUCCUGAUGGUCUGUGUUAUUGUUCACUGGAACACGGUAAAUAUACUCUGAUUGUGUUGUUCACGUGCUAACUGGCUAACUAGCAUCAAGACGCUCUUCCUGUUUCCCUUUUUCAAUGAUGAAUACAGACGACCGCCGUCUGCUGCUGUGGAGACUUGUUUCCUCUCAGCAGGAGCAGAACAGACGCUCGUCCUUUACCUGACAGUGAUCGCAUCACACUGCUGCUCUCUGCCUUUAUGAUGAAGCAGUUGUUUUUGCUGAAGGAGAUAGGAAGUCAGAGUUCAACCCUGAAUGUGUGUGUGUGUGUGUGUGUGUGUGUGUGUGUUUCCUCUCUUCGUUAUCCCCCUGAGCCAAAUCUGUGCAGACUUCCCAACGAGUGACAGGCGUCUCCCCUGCCUCGUGCGGUAACCAGGGCCAGAUGGAGAUGUGACAAUAGGGAGCCACAAGGGGAAUGCAAACCCGCCCUCUCUCCGCUGGCCAUAUUUACUCUCCUUAUAUGAUUUUCUUCAUGUGUUGAAAGUGUCUGCGAGUCAGCGGUUUAGAUUUGUGGACGUGUUGGCGAGGUGAGCCGCUGUUUGACAAAGACAUUAUUAUGAGGAAAUGAAGAGGAGGAGGCCCACUGUUUGGAAAAGCCCUGCUGCAAAAUGGAGCGACGUGUGCACAAAAGCACAUUGUGAAAUGAAAUACCUGCUUUUUUCUUCUACUCCUGCUAAACAGAGAGACGUCUCAGUUUCAUCUGUGGUGAUGAUAAAUGUUCAGCACACCAGUUUGAGGUGUCGGCCUCAAUAAAAACAGGGCUGAAUGGGAUCACCUGUGGACGCUGCUGUUCUUUAAAUGACUAUAAUUUGACCUGUGGAGGGUUGGGGUGUGACGAAUAAUUACAUUAACACUGACUUCUUGUUUCAUUGUUUUGAAUUAGUCAACAUUUUAUAGCUCUUUUCAGGUUUUAUUUGAACUGACUGAAGGUCCAUUUGAUGACAUUGUAAAUUUGCCAAGUGCAUUUUUCACCUUUCCAGUGUAGAAGCAGGAAUAAUGUGAAUGUGUGUGAAGAUAUUUUAUAGAUACAAUGCUGCGAGUUCAGAGAGAAUAACUUACAGAGGCAGUCUUUAAUUCUAAAUGCUGUGGAUUGACAUUUUGGGACAUUUUGACUUAAGAAUAAAAGCCAAUAAUCAUGUGACUGACAUAGUUAACAGGACUGUUUUUCACAAGCUGCUUGAUCCAGGUACUGAAGGUGCUGCUUCAGAAACAAUAAACAUGGUCAUCUUAAAGGAUUAAUCUCAUAUCAAUGAAAGUUUAUCUGUGAACAUAUGACUGUUGAGAUUGCCAUCAGUCCAUCAGUGGAUUGUUUCCUCUGGGUUCAAAGAGAGUAACUGCCCCAAGUAAGGGAGUUCAAGUAUCUCAGGGUCUUCAGGUUCACAGUGAGGGUAAAAUGGAGCGUGAGAUGGAUUGAUGGUUUCGUGCAGCUGUGCCGGACCAACGUGGUUCAGAGGGAGCUGAGCAAGAAGGCGAAGCUUUCGAUUUAUUGGACCAUCUAUGACAACCCUCACCUAUGGUCAUGAGCUCUGGGUAGUGACUGAAAGAAUGAGGUCACAGAUACAAGCAUCUGACAUGAGUUUCCUCUGUAGGGUGUCUGGGCUCAGCCUUAGAGAUAGGGGGAGGAGUCAGACAUCUGGAGGGAGCUCGGAGUAGAGCCGCUGCUCCUUCAUGUUGAGGUGGUUCAACAUCUGAUCAGGAUCCUCCUGGUCCAGCUGGUAGGAGGCCCCGGGGCAGACCCAGAACACACUGGAGGGAUUAUAGAUCUCAUCUGGUCUGGGAACACCUCGGGGUCCUCCAGGAGGAGCUGGAGAGAGGGACGUCUGGAGGACUUUGUUCAGUCUGCUGCUCCAGAGACCUUCCCCAGAUAAGUGGAUGGAUGGAUGGAUGGAUGGAUGGAUGGAUGAAAUUGCCAUGAUCUGAAACAGGUGUGUAUUGUUCCUUCAGAGGUGACCCUAAGUGAAGACAGAAACACGUGUGUGAGCAGACAACAGAAGUCAGCCUCUGACACAAUAAUUAGAGAGUAGCUCUACCCAGAGAUACAGGUGGGGAAUAGAGUGAAGUAACUAAAAGGCAUGUGUCUGAAUUAUCUUUUUGUCUCAGUGAGCAAUAAAAGAGAGAAAACUGAUUCGGCAUUGAGGAGUUCAGUGAAAGCACUGAUUAAAGGACAAACUCCUCUCUGUGCCUCCAUUUUCUGUGCUUUUCAAACUUCACUUAAUUUCAAAGGGGAUAGUAUAAUGGCCAAGGGCAACAGCGUACUCAGACAUCAGAUUUACUGAAGCGUUCGAUAAUAUGGUUUCAACAAAUACAAAACCACUUUUCUCGCAGUUAAGUUCUGAGGCUUUGGCACAGCUUUCAGACUCACUGCUGUGCUGAAUAGAGACUGGAUGCUAUAUUGUUAUGCAAGUUUGCAAACAAAUGGUGGCCACCUUGAGCUGUAAGCAGGGGCUGCAGAGUGACCCGGAGUGAACGCCGGACGAACACAUUAUUGUAUCUUCACUUCAGACUGAUGAAGAGUCUACAUCUUUAAGAUUUAUGCUGCUACAUAUUUAUGUUAGACACAUUGAGGGUGAAACGCAGACACACAACAUGUGAUCCAUAUCUGUUCUGGUUCACUAGACGAAAAGCUCUGGAGACCAAAGGUCAGACACGUCAAAGAGAACGUCAAGUGCUUUAAAUAUCUGUGACAAACAUUGAAUAAUUAAAUUAAAUACAAACUGAUGGUUAUUUAUAUGUUAUUAUUAUUACUUAAGCUUCUCCUAGCAUAUUUUUCACAUUUGCAAAGUGAACUGACUCAUCUGUUUUUCCUGUCUGUGACGCUGCAGGAGAUUUGUCAAGUCUGAGAAAAUAACUGAUGAUGUCACUGUGAUCAUCUCAGCUUCAGGUUUAAAGAUUUCUUAAGACUUUGGACUCUUGAGUUGGCAUUUACCGUAAAGAAAAGGUCAGAUACAGAGGGUCUUAUCUAAUAUUCAGUUCAAGUCAAUUCAGUUUUAUUUAUAAAGCCCAAUAUCACAAAUCACAAUUUGCCUCACAGGGCUUUACAGCAUACGACAUCCCUCUGUCCUUAUGACCCUCACAGCUGAUCAGGAAAAACUCCCCAAAAAACCCUUUAACGGGGAAAAAACGGUAGAAACCUCAGGAAGAGCAACUGAGGAGGGAUCCCUCUUCCAGGACGGACAGACGUGCAAUAGAUGUCGUACAGAACAGAAUCAACAUGAUAAAUUAACAGUAAUCAGUAUGACACAAUGAGAGAGAGAGAGAGAGAGAGAGAGAGAUGCAGGUAAUGACAGUAGCUUACAACAACAUUAUUGAAAGUAAUAAUAUUAUAGUUAUAGUUCUGGCUACUGUGGUACAAUAUGUUGAAAGUAUGUAUUAAUAUCUGGCAGUAUACAUGUGUGACAAUAGUCAUAUGUGUAUAAUAACAGUAGAAGUAUGACUAAUGACUAAUGAUGGCAGCAGCAGCAGGAGGCAUCUGGCAGGACCACGGCAGCAGCACAACCACACACGUCACGCUGUCCAGGCACCGCUGUGAUAUGAGUUAAUCAGAGAGACAGUGGAGCACAAAGGCUCCGGAGAAGAAGCCGAGUUAGUGACAUCCAGAAUGGCCGAGUUAGCAAGAUGCAGUAAUAGAAUACCAGAGAGAGAGAGAGAGAGAAGGAGAGAAGGUGCCCAGUGUAUUAUAGGGGGGUCCUCCGGCAGACUAGGCCUAAGUCAGCCUAACUAGGGGCUGGUACAGGGCAAGCCUGAGCCAGCCCUAACUAUAAGCUUUAUCAAAGAGGAAAGUAGGCCUUAGUGAAAGGGCUCUGAACUGGUUUAAAAACUACCUAUUUGAAAGAACUCAGUGUGUCUCAGUAGAAAACUACACCUCAGCCCUUCUUAAUGUAAACAAAGGUGUCCCUCAAGGUUCUAUUUUGGCACCUAUCUUAUUUUCAAUUUUUACUAAUGAUUUAGGUAAUGCAGUAGUCCAGCACAUUUUCACUUAUACGCAGAUGACACAAUUAUUUACACAAUGGCACCCUCUUUAAACCAAGCCUUAGAGUUCCUGCAGGAUGCCUUUCAAACAUUACAGCACUCCCUGCUGAAGUUAAAAUUGGUUCUAAAUUCAAAGAAGACCAAAUUUAUGACCUUCACUCUAUCUCGUUCCAAUAUAGUUGUUCCUACGAUCUCGACAUUGGACGGUACGUCUUGAACGAGUUACUUCUUAUAAAUAUUUAGGUAUGUGGCUUGAUGACAAGAUGUCUUUUAAUGUACAUAUUGACAAAUUGCUGAAGAAGCUUAGGCAGAAACUGUUUUUUUUUUCAAAAAAUGUUUCCCAUUCGAAGCCAGAAAGAAACUUGUGCAAAGCUUGUUGUUAUCUGUUUUGGAUUAUGGAGAUGUGAUAUAUAUGCAUGCAGCAUCUUCCCUGCUUAAAAAGCUGGACUCUGUUUAUCAUGCAGCAAUCCGUUUUUUAACGAGUGCAGGCUCACGCACACACCACUGCACCUUAUAUGAAUCGUUAGGAUGGCCCUCCCUAUACCAGAGGAGAAAAGCACACAUGUUGACUUUUACUUUUAAAACAUUAGUUGGAAAAUUACCAUCUUAUAUCUCCAGACUUCUGUCUUUUUAUACGAACACCUACAGCACUAGACGAGCAGCAAAUGGGAUGUUUUUAAAUGUUCCCCAGAUGCAGUCGCAUCUUGGUAAAACCUCAUUUUCUUUCUAUGCCCCCUCAUUAUGGAAUGAGUUGCAAGAUAAAAUUAACCUACAGUCCCUCCCUACUGUAAAUGUGUUUAAAGGUAUUUUAAAAUCAGCCCUUCAGGAAAAGUGCAGUUGUUUUAAUUAAUGUUCACUUAAGAUUGCCCUUUACUGUUGAUUUUUUAUAUUUCAUGUUUUCAUAGUAUAUGUAUGUUUUAUUGUUUUAUGUAUGGAACUUACGUGUGCUGUCUUGGCCAGGACUCCCUGCAAGAAGAGAUCUUGCAUCUCAAUGGGACAUUUCCUGGAUAAAUAAAGGCUAAAUAAAAAAUAAAAAUAAAAUAAGUCUAGUCUUAAAUGUGGAGACGGUGUCUGCCUCCCGGACCGUAACAGGAAGAUGAUUCCACAGGAGAGGAGCCUGAUAGCUGAAGGCUCUGGCUCCUGAUCUACUUUUGGAGACUUUAGGGACCACGAGUAACCCUGCGUUCUCAGAGCGCAGUGUUCUGGUGGGAUAAUAUGGCACUAUGAGCUCUCUAAGAUAUGACGGAGCUUGACCAUUUAGAGCUUUAUAAGUUAACAGUAGGAUUUUAAAUUCAAUUCUGGAUUUUACAGGGAGCCAGUGCAGAGAAGCUAAAACAGGAGAGAUAUGAUCGCGUUUCUUAGUUCCUGUUAGUACACGUGCUGCUGCAUUCUGAAUUAGCUGGAGAGUUUUUAAGGACUUACUAGAGCUACCUGAUAACAGAGAGUUACAGUAAUCCAGCCUAGAGGUAACAAAAGCGUGGACCAAUUUUUCUGCAUCUUUUCGGGUCAGGAUAGGCCUAAUUUUCACAAUAUUACGCAGAUGAAAAAUGCAGUCCGUGAGGUUUGUUUUAAAUGAGAAUUAAAAGACAAAUCUUGAUCAAAUGUUACUCCGAGGUUUCUUACAGUAGUGCUAGAGGCCAGAGCAAUGCCAUCAAGAGAAACUAUGUCAUCAGAUAAAGAGUCUCUGAGUUGUUUGGGGCCAAGAACAAUAACUUCAGUUUUGUCUGAAUUUAACAUCAGGAAAUUGGUGCUCAUCCAGUUUUUUAUGUCUUUAAGGCAGUUAUGGAGUUUAGUUAAUUGAUUACUUUCUUCUGGCUUCAUCGAUAAAUACAACUGAGUAUCAUCCGCAUAACAAUGGAAAUUUACAGAGUGAUUUCUAAUGAUGUUACCUAAAGGAAGCAUAUAUAGAGUAAAUAGGAUUGGUCCGAGCACAGAACCUUGCGGAACUCCAAAACAAACUUUAGUACGUAAGGACGAUUCAUUAUGAACGUGAACAAACUGAAAACGAUCAGAUAAAUAAGAUUUAAACCAGCUCAGUGCAGAACCUUUUAGGCCAAUUAAGUGAUCCAGUCUCUGCAGUAGAAUUUGAUGGUCAAUUGUGUCAAACGCUGCACUAAGAUCUAAUAAAACAAGUACAGAGACAAGUCCUUUGUCUGAAGCAAUCAGAAGGUCAUUUGUAAUUUUAACUAGUGCUGUCUCAGUGCUAUGAUGCACUCUGAUGCAGAGAUCAGAGCAGAGCUUCAGAGAGACAGAUCAGCAAAACUUUAUUGAUUAUUUAAGAAGCUAAAAGUUUGAUUCAGGUUCCUCUGUCAGGUUUAUAACUACAGUUUUUACUUUGGAUAUUUGCUGCAGUGAGAUUCUGUAACAUAUGAACACAGCAGAGAUCACAGAGGAGCUGCUGUCAGACUCCACAUUAAGACAGGUGAGACUGGGGACAUUUCCCAUCAUCCAUCCAUCAUCCAUCCAUCCAUCCAUCCAUCCAUCCAUCCAUCAUCCAUCCAUCCAUCCAUCCAU